UUCGUCUGACAUUCGAACCUCGCGCCGACACCAACCAAGGCAACAGAGCUACUCUUUUUUGCGUCGUAAAUUUGUGUAGUGAUAUUCAGGCCACAGUAUUGUUGUAAUUAAGGUCGUGAUAAAAAAGUGAGUGGAUUGCGAUUUUCGGCAGUUGUCAACAAGGCAAAGAAUAGUUGAUCACAGUCAUCCGCCGCCAGUUGCAUCCAUCCAACAUGGCUGGACGCAGCGGGUAUGAUGAUCAAGAAUCAUGGGACAAUUUUGGAGGCGGCAGGCGAGGUGGUGGAGGAGGCGGAGGACGUCGCCCUUUACCUACGGAACCACCAUUCACAGCCUUUGUCGGAAAUUUACCUAACGGAGUUGUCCAGGGAGAUAUUGCCAAGAUUUUUCAAGAUAUGGCGGUUAAAAACAUUAGGCUAAUGCAUGACCGUGAUACUGACAAAUUUAAAGGCUUCUGUUACGUGGAAUUUGACAAGAGAGAGGAUCUGGAAACUGCUUUGGAAUACAAUGAACGAAUUAAAGUUGAGUCAUCCCUUAUCCGGGUAGACGUUGCAGAGGGCAGAAGGAAUGACCGUGGUGGUGGUUUUGGAGGCCGUGGAGGUCGUGGCGGCGGCGGCGGUGGAGGGUUCGGUGACCGAGGGCCAAGAGGCGGUGGCGACCGCGGUCCUCCUCGGGGAGGUCCCCCUGGAGGCCCAUCAGAAAGGUUCUCUGACGGUCGGGGCAACAGAGGCAUGUACGGCGGUGGCCAGUUUGACGGCGACCGUGGCGGCGACUGGGACCGCGGCGGUGGACGACGUGGCGGCGACCGCGAUGGUCCCCGAGGAGGUGCCUUCGGCGGCAGGGAUGGCCGGGACGGACCGGAACGCCGAGGCUUCGGAGGCCCCCCUGGCGCUGGCCCUGGCGCCGGUCCACCAGGCCGAGACCGGGACCGCCGGCCGUUUGAGGAACCGCCCCCAGACACAACUGGCCGACCAAAACUGAAGCUUGCUCCCAGAACUGUCCCAACACCAGUCAAUGCACUGGCUGAAACCUUACAAAAUACUUCAAUUUUUGGAGGUGGUAAACCUCGAGAAGAAAAGGUUGAUUCUUCAGAAUCAUCCGACCCAGCUCCGCCAAAUAAUACUGAAUAAGAGAGGACUUAAAAUGUAAGCCUCCCACAAUUGCAAAAUAUUCAGACUUGACUAUGGUAUAGCACAAGAGCAAGGGUGGAGAGGACAAGAAGAGCCGUUUUUGAGGUGAUCUCUAAUUUCUUUAACAAUCAAAUCAAUCAAAUGUCACUGAUCAGUGUGAAGGAAUAGAGAUAUGGACUAUCUUUGUUUAGCAAUCCAUUUUAUUAUAUGUAAUUUCAAAUAUAUGUAUUGAAACUCCUGUUUGUCUGAUGCCUUUUGGCAUUUCUUUUGUGCAUAAAUGUUUUCUCUUUGCUGCAAAUGUGCAUUGGUUAUCUGUUUGUGGUGUUUGAUUUUCAAGUUACAGUCUGAGAGUAUGCUCAGUUUGUGUCUUACCUAUCUGUUCUUUUGCUAGAAUUGUGGUUGUGUACUGUUAAGGGCUGUGGCAGUAGCAGGCUGUGGGACAGGAGCAGGGCUCUUGUUCAUGCAACUUAAGCUCUUUGUUGUUUCGAAACACUUUUUGCAUUUUUCUUACCAGAAGGUCAAAGAUAUAACACAAUAAUUUUACUGCAUCAUUCAAUUAUUGAAAGUGAUUUUUUAAAAAAUGAAUGCCGUAGAUUAUCAGGACUUAUAUUAUUGUUUGCAAAUUUGGCAUACUGCAAGUCUUGGCCCGAAGUUUUUCCUCUCGUAAUUUUGAGCUCAGGUUGGGUAUAUUUACCAAUUGUGGAUAUUUGCUUGAAAAGUCAAUGUCUGUAAUACAUUAAUGGCAGUUUGCUUGGACUGAUUGUGCCUUAAUGCAAAUCAUGUUUGUAAUGUCAAUUAGAACUGAGCUGUUUCUGUAGGCAAAUGAUGUCUUUGAAUUCUCUCUAAUUUUACAUUUCAUGUCCUUUCCAUUCUGUAAGUACCUUGUGGUUCUCUUUAGAUUAUUGCUGUUUUUGUUUCUUCACUUGUUUUACCUUUUUUUGUCCUUUUUAUUGUAUUUGUUUUGAGACCUUCAAGCCAUGCCUUUCUUGUGAUGUCUUUUUUGGGUGUAUUCAUUUGCCUGAAUUCAUGAAGUUCAAAUUGAAGCUUAUUAAUAAAUUAAAUCUGAGAGAAAACCCUUAAAGAAA